UUGAGGGCAUUAAUGUAUAAAAGCAAUUUUUCAGGGCUUCUCUUUGCCGUCGGCGUACUAUCUAUGUGCAACCGACAAUUAUCUGGUACUCGAGGCGAGCGCGACGCGAGCCACCUGUCAAGUGGCCGUUUCAUCAAAUCAUUUCUUUAAUGCGCAGCCUCCCCGACCUGCUCGUUUUUUGUUAGCAGAGUUUUGAAAAAAGAACGUUAUAGUGGUACUGUAGUCGGGUAGGUCGGGGCGCGAGAGCCUCCGCUCAGUCAGGUGCCGAGCGCCGAACGCACCGCACCUCUAGCGUACGCCAGCGUCGCAGCCUGCGCGCUCGCGAUCUCCCAACAUAACACAACCUCUAGUUAUGAUUUAAUCUAGAAUUAAUUGGUGGAUUUGAAAUCAAUUCUAAGCACAUUGACGUCAACGUUACAGUGGAAGCAGCAGUGAAUGUGAUAGGAAAAUCAAUUGCAGAUUCCCGCCCAAACGAGGAUGUCCAGGCACGUACUCCUUUCCCGGCUGGCGGAGCAGUUCCAGCUGUCGUCCCCGCCGCCCGCUCCCCGCUUCCCCUCCCCUGAGCGAAGUGUGUCGCCCCAGUCGCCCUCCUCCCCGCAGUCGCCGCCACACUCGCCGACUCUGCCCCAUCACUUGCUGCAGCUUGGUGACAUCGAGAUAGCAGGCAGAGCUCUGAAGCAGUAUGCUAGAGCCACGGAACUAGGAGCAUUGAUGUACUGUAGUGGCCUCGGAGCCCUAUACGGAGCAGGGGGAGGUGUCUGGCCACUGCUGCUACCUCACCAGUCUCCGCAGUACGCCCGAACUCCUCUCGAGCUUGCCAGACACACGCCACCUAGAGAAGACGACGAGGAGCUGCCGCUGAACCUGUCCACGAAGAAUCGUCAGAUCUGGUCGCCGGGCAGCGCGUGCGAGCGCGAGCGCGGGCCCGAGUCCCCGCGCUGGGAGCCGCGCGACGAGGCGCCCCUGGAGCUGGUGAAGCGCGGCCGCACCAGCCCCGACGCCGACCGCCCCCCCACCCCCGACCCCUGCCGGUGUCCCUCCACCCCACAACACCAACCUUACGCUGCCCUUCAAACGCCCGCGGCUGAUCUCAAUUUCUCACUCAUCAAGAGCGAAAACAGAAGCGAAAAGUCAUUUCAAUGCAAGCAGUGCGGAAAAUGCUUCAAGCGGUCGAGCACUUUGUCGACGCACCUCCUCAUCCACUCGGACACGCGGCCCUAUCCCUGUCAGUACUGCGGUAAACGCUUCCACCAGAAGUCCGACAUGAAAAAACACACAUACAUACAUACAGGCGAGAAACCCCACAAGUGCGUGGUGUGCUCGAAGGCGUUUAGCCAGAGCUCUAAUUUGAUCACGCACAUGCGCAAGCACACCGGCUACAAGCCCUUCUCGUGCGGAUUGUGCGAUAAAGCGUUCCAGCGCAAGGUGGACCUGCGCCGGCACCGCGACUCGCAGCACGCCGACGCCGACGCGCCGCCUGCGCCGCUUCGCUACCGCUACUACGGCGACGAGUCGCCUACACCUCUCGCGCCUAUUGUCACCAACUAAACUUUGAACAUUUUUAAUGUGUUAUCGUAAUUUUCUAUGAUUUCUAAGUCAAUCGCCGAGGUGGCUCAUUUUUAUUA